AUGCCUGUGACAGUCGAGGAUUUGGAACGAGCCAUUCGAGCUGCAUUCCCUGUGUCCCAUCUCGACAUCGAGGAUCAGUCGAGUGGGUGUGGAUCCAGCUAUGCAAUUCUCUUGGUUAGCGAGGCUUUCGAGGGAAAGACUACUCUUGCAAGACAUAGAUUAAUCAACCAGGCACUGAAGCAAGAAAUAUCACAGCUGCACGCAUUUUCUCAGAAAUCCUUCACGCCAGCGCAAUACGCUGCGCACCAAGCGAAAAGUGGUUGA